GCCGGCGCGGCGCGGGCGCGUGCGACGGCGGCGACGGGCGACUGACUGCGGUAUGCGCGCGGAGUGAGGCCGGGCGGCGGGCGCGGGCGUGCGUGGCGACCAGCAUGGCCCGGUGGUGGGCGGCCGUGGUCGGGAUCUGCCUGGUGGUGCUGGGAGGCGCCGGAGCCGUGCCGCGGCCGCAGGAGACGCCAGGAGGAGUGGUACAAAGGAUCGACGGUCCGUGCUCGUCGUCCAACGACUGUCAACUGAUCGACCAUGGCAAGUGCGAUAUGGCGACCGGCACCUGCCAGUGCGUCAAAACGCACCCGAUCCCCAACGAAGUCAGCUGUCUCAGAGCCGUAGCCGUGAACGAGACAUGCAGCAUCACGGCCCAGUGUCGGCCAGAGACGAACCACGCCGAGUGUGUGCACGGUGUGUGCCAGUGUCAGCCCAAGUACGAGAAGCACACCUACUCGGACGGAAACGCCUUCUGCCUGAUGCGCAGCGAACACGUGGCCGAUGCCAAGAAAACGCCCGUGGACCCGGUCAUGAUCGGCAUUCUGGCCUCGAUGGUUCUCAUGUUCGUCAUUAUCUGUGUCGUGCUGCGGCUCUUCAGCAAGGCGCAGUUCCGUCAGAACCGCACCAUUCUCAACUCGGCCAACCCGCGGCUCAUGAACGCCUCCUUCCUCAAGGGCUCGCUGAUCAAGUCGCCCGUGGAGCAGCUGCGCGGCUCUCACAGCUCGCGCGGCAGCCGGGCACCCAGCCUCAGCUCCCUGCAGCGGCCCGACAACGAAAAGCGAGGAGCAGAAAACUCCGGCACCACAGACGUGAACCUGGUUCAAGUGGAGCUGAACCAGCCGUAGCGGCCGGUUCGGCGCGGUUCGCGGCGUUCACCCGUUGGCACAUUGUCGCCCCCGACACCUGCUGUGACCGGCCCGCGGCUCGGACAGUACCAUGAGUGGUGUUUCCAUCGAUUUCCGUUCUCACCCUUUACGUGUGUCCAUGUGUGUGGCGGCCCGAGGGGCGUGCGUGCGACGUCGUUCGCAGCCUGACGUCACGGAGCGUGUAUGACGUCAGACGCGUGAAACGGCCUGCUAGGAGGCGCGUCGGUGGCUUUUGUCCGUUUUCCUACUACCUGAUCGCGAUGAGACUGGGAGCGAGUGCAGGGCCGAGUGACGGUUUUCCCUUGGGUUUCGCUUUUGCGCGGCGCGGCCCGCCUCAUCCGUAGGAUAGCCGGGGUCUCCGCUGACGUGUGGGGGCGGGGCGCGUGCCUGGUCCUCGCGCGGCGGCCCGGCGGCGCGGCGCGGGGUCACGGCGGGUCAGGCGGGGUCGCCGGGGGCGGUCAGCGGACGGAGGUGGGUGUGGGGUGUCUGGUCGGUAGGUCGGUCCGUGGACCCGCUGGCCGGACUGGCGGCCGGUGCAGGGGCGCGGCCGGCGCGCGACCCGCUGGGUCGGGCGCCGGCCGCCCGCCCCGACUAUGACCCUGACCUUCGGGGAAGAGGUCAAGGUCAUAUUCAGCGCCGGCGCCGGCAGAACAGUGGCGUGCUGUGUCUAGCUGUAGGCGCGAACGUCGAUGGAGCUUUCUCUCCCUUUCUCUCUCACUCAGCCCUAGUUUAAGGAGUGGCUCUCAGCAGGUGACGGCGAACGGUGAGCUGGUCUGUCGAAAGGAGACGGAUUGGCGGCCCGCGACCUGACCUGAGCCGUGACCCCGCCCGUGCGCCGACCGCGUCCGUCGACAUGUCAGCAUUCCAGCACGUUCUUUGCUCAACACGACAGCUCCAAUACCGGGCAUCCCUCGGAAAUCAGCACAACGACGCGCGCCAUCGUAUAUAUCCGGCCCUAGCCUUCGAUAUCGACCUUAGGCCGGCAGCGAGCGUCCAACGGCGCAGCCGGCAAUCGCCGCAUGUUAUGCAUUUCUGAACACAGCCGAGUAUGAAACAUUCCAGAGUUUGAGACACUUCCGUAAAAGUUUCGGCGAAAAAUGUAUCACAAUUCACACCAUGAUAUCACCACACAUGCUGAUUGUACUGCAACUUAUGGACGCUCGCUGCGCGUAUGCUUUUAUGAAUAAAUCUUAAACUUUCCA